AUGGUUAUCUCGCGUGGACAAGCCACAGUCGUUCGCCAGCAAGCGGACAACAGCUGGCUGGAGCAGCUGAACGCGCUCAUCCAAUCCGCCUAUCAUUGCGGUGGAGCUGUGAUGGGAAAUGCGAAGAUCCAGGACGACUUCUCCUACAAUUUGCAGCUACAAAUCCUUAAAACCGAAUCCGACUGGAAGCUACAGGAGGAGGCGCUGCAGGCCGCCGGCCGCCAGCUCAGCCUCGGCGACGCCAGGGAUGUCGUCGGUGUGAAGAAACCGGCAAAGUACCUGAAUAAACUCUUCCCGCGGCCUACGCAGCGGGAAAUGGCCAAAAUCGAUUCCAAGCUGCCGCAGGGUCUGACCAAAUGCCCGCUGAUUUCCGAGAUUGAGGCCGAAGGCGCCACCUACUCGCUCAAGGAAAAGACAUCGAUCGAGGAAUUGCUGAACAAGGAACGCUCAAAACUGCAGCAGGCUGGUCAUUUCGUAGGUGCCUGGAGGCGACGCUGGCGGCCUUCUCCGACAUCGAAUACAAGAUCACCGCCAGCGGCCGGUUCAACACCGACACGAGCCUCCUCCCGUAGGCCGGCGAGAACAACGACAACAGCGGUGGUCCGCCGAAUGGUGACCAGCUGCCGGGGCUGCAUUUUGCAGACCUGCGAGAAGCACCCUGGUUACUAUGUGCCCAACCCCGACAAGCUCGACCUCGCCGAGCAUCCCGAUGCCUCUUUCCUGCCGCUCUCGACUUCGGGCCGUUCGAUUGAUGAGCUGCACAAGUACGAGUACAUCUGGGCGUUCGUCAAGCGCGGAAAGAUGGGUGCGGGCUGGUGGCGAGCUGUGUUCCUCGGGAAGGCACAAGCCGGUGGAUGUCUGGCCAAGAUUGGCCUGAUGUCCCUCAAGAAGGGCGUCAUGGGAUUUGUGCGAUCUGAUCACGGCUGCAACGUCAUUAGAUGCUCGUCGGGUUGCGAGUGCAUCUACAUUACCAAGUUGCCCUUUUUCUACACUCGUCAAGAUUCUGAGAGCUCGGCUUCCCGCGCCGACUUCGACUUGGACGAGCAGCCCGAGAAG